CAAUCACCUCAUUUAAAAUCAAUACAAGAGAAGACCGUGUCUUCAUACGAAUUUGAAGAUUCUCGAAUGCUUGUUCCUUCAGUACAAGGAGCUUUUUUGAAGUUUCUUGUAAAGAUAAGUAAAGCUACAAGGGUACUGGAGAUUGGAACUUUUACAGGUUAUUCAGCGUUGUGGAUGGCCGAAAGUCUACAAGGACGAGGAUCAGAAGCCAAAAUAGUCACGUUGGAAAAAAACGAAGAGUUUUUUAAGGUGGCAAAAGAGAACAUCGAGUCAUCUGGACUUGGACACUUGAUUGAGAUGAAGCUUGGCGAUGCAAGAGAGACGUAA